CGCUAUAGUCACAUAGAUGUGAUUUAAUGUUCAAAUCGUUGAUUUAUUAUUUCAUCGGUCAUAUUCCCUGGAAUCCAGUAUAGACAUCUCGAAAACGCCAUGGGUGACAUGGAUGACCUUAAGUUUGAAUUGGAGCGUCUUCGGAACCAGUAUGAAGAGAGUCUUCUUGGCGACUACCCUUCCGCAAGGAUACAGUUUGAGUAUGCUUGCACAUUGAUGUGCUCCCCGGAGAGGGAGCAUCUUGAUCUUGCUAUAGAGCUCCUAGAGGAGUUGGUUCGAGUCAAAUAUAACAUCACCACGAGUAUGUACCAGUUGGCUCUGUGUCACAUUAAGCGACGCGAGUACAAAAAGGCCAGGCGUCAUCUGGACAUGCUUCUCCGAUUGGAACCUAGGAAUCACGCCGCUUUAACUCUCAGGAGCCUACUAUUCAAUCUACUUUAUGACGAUGCAAUGAAGGGGUCCCUUUUCGUCAUAAUGGCUUCACUGUGUGCGAUUGCAGCAUACAAACUAUGGAAGUAAACA